AUGUUUCUGCCAACUCCCAUACCCUCGCGACACGUCGUUGCUGUCAACUUCCUGGCCUGGACCCUCUUCACGUCCCUCUAUGUCUUACCAUUCUACACCUCUAAGACGACACGACCUUCGCCGACCCUUAACCGGGAUGCCCCUUCGGUCAUCAGAGCUCGCAUACAGACGGUGACCUUGGCCUGUGUCGUCGCCACAGCUGCCAGCCUCUAUCUGCUCUUGGUGACCGGCCACGUGGAACCAAUCUCAGCCCUCCAUAUUCUCGGUUGGUGGCCGGCAACACCCGUUGAUAUUCUCCGAAGCCUAGCACUCACCUUCCUGUUGUAUCUGGGUCCACUAUUCGAGGCCGUCUUCGUCGACCGCAUCUUCAGCCAGCUCCGGAGAGGCAAUGUUGUUGUGGAAACUCUGUCGAGCUGGCAGGGCUACCGAAACUAUGUUGCUGGACCCAUCACCGAAGAGGUUCUGUUCCGCUCGGUUUUGAUUGCCGUCAACAUCCUCGCCAAAAUCUCCCCGUCACGAAUUGUUUUCCUGACACCACUGUACUUCGGCAUUGCUCACAUUCACCACUUUUACGAGUUCACUCUGACACAUCCUCACACUUCUCUCCUGCCUGCAGUCCUCCGCUCCGUGUUCCAGUUCACUUACACCACCCUCUUCGGCUGGUAUGCUGCAUUCAUCUACGUACGGACCGGCUCGCUGUACGCUUGUAUCAUUAUUCACGCCUUCUGCAACUCGAUGGGACUGCCACGGUUUUGGGGUCGACUGAAGGCUACUGAGGAGCAUCUGCCGCCGCUUGUGGCCAUGAGAGGCAAGGACGAUGAAGACGCAAUCCAGGCCAGAGGAAGAGGCCCCGCGCUAGGUGUACAAUGGACGGUCGCCUACUAUCUACUGCUAGUCGCUGGGGCGUAUGCUUUUUCCACGCAACUCUGGUUCCUGACGGGUUCGUCUCAGGAGCUCGUCAAGUUCGGAUCAAAAAAGCCUUAA